UUCAGAAACACCGAGAUGGAGAGAGUUAAACGCAAUCAGCAAAAUAUUAGCACGAUAAAAUACAAGGAUUCAAUGGGACAAGGCACAGCCAUACCAGACCUCCCCGAGAUGAAGCGGGUCAAAGAGAAUCAGAAGCACAUCAGCUCGGUUUUGUAUAAGGACCUGUCUGCGAAGGGAACGCCUGUGGUGUUCACUCCAGAGAUGGAGCGGGUCAAACGGAACCAAUUGCAGAUUAGCGCGGUUCUGUACUCGGACAGCUUCCGUAAGCAGGUGCAGGGCAAGGCCGCCUUUGUGCUGGACACCCCUGAGAUGAGACGUGUUAAAGAAACCCAGCGUAUCAUUUCUGGAGUCAGAUACCACCAGGACUUUGAGAAGAGUAAGGGCAGCUUCACCCCCACCAUCUCUGACCCCGUCACUGAGCGCGUGAAGAGGAACACCCAGGACUUCAGUGACAUCAGCUACCGUGGGAUCCAGAGACGUGUGGUGGAGAUGGAGAGGAGACGUGCAGAGGAGCACGAUCAGGAGACCACCACCGAUCUGCGUGUGUGGCGCACAAACCCCGGCUCUGUCUUUGACUAUGACCCUGCCGAGGACAACAUCCAGUCCAGAAGUCUUCACAUGAUGUCAGUCCAAGCCCAGCGUCGCAGUAAGGAGCACUCCCGCUCCACCAGCGCAAUGAGUGGUGUGGGCGAUGAGAAGUCAGAGGUGUCUGAGAACGUGGACCACCACGCAUCCCUCUACAGCAAUGGCUUCAUUAUAUCCGAAAAAUAA